CGCCGUCACAGGCGUCAACACCAAGGUGCACCAGUCGCCAUCGCUAUCUCACCCACAACUUCUACUCCACCGUCUUCGCCGUCGCUCGCCACACGAUUUGCUUAGAUAUAAACCCACCUCAUACAACACCCUAGCCUAAUCACCGCCGCCGGCGCCCGCCACAGCCAUGGCGCUCGAUACCUUCUUCCACAACAAGAUCGAGACGAUGAAGCUCGAGAUCAUACAGGGACAGGCCAAGCUACGACGACUUGAGGCUCAGCGUAAUGACUAUAACUCAAGAGUACGGUUAUUGCGAGAAGAGCUCGGCCUUCUGCAGCAACCGGGAUCCUACGUUGGAGAGGUGGUAAAGGUCAUGGGUACCAAGAAGGUGCUCGUAAAGGUUCACCCUGAAGGCAAAUACGUCGUCGAUGUCGCGGACAGCGUCGAUAUCAGCAAACUCACUGCCGGAAAGCGCGUCACUCUCCUCAGCGACUCCUACAAGCUCGAGAAGCUCCUUCCCUCGUCCGUCGAUCCCCUCGUCUCGCUCAUGAUGGUUGAGAAGGUGCCCGACAGCACAUACGACAUGAUUGGUGGUCUGGAUCAGCAGAUCAAGGAGAUCAAGGAAGUCAUUGAGCUGGGUCUGCAACAUCCCGAACUCUUCGAAUCGCUCGGUAUCGCUCAGCCCAAGGGUGUUCUGCUAUACGGUCCGCCCGGAACAGGAAAGACUCUGCUUGCGCGUGCGGUUGCACAUCAUGCCGACUGCAAGUUCAUUCGUGUGUCUGGUAGCGAGCUGGUACAAAAGUACAUUGGUGAGGGUAGUCGCAUGGUCCGUGAACUCUUCGUCAUGGCUCGAGAACACGCACCUAGCAUUAUCUUCAUGGACGAGAUUGACAGUAUUGGAUCAAGUCGAGUGGAGGGAAGCUCAGGUGGUGAUUCCGAGGUCCAGCGAACCAUGUUGGAGUUGCUGAACCAGUUGGACGGUUUCGAGCCAACCAAGAACAUCAAGAUCAUCAUGGCGACCAACCGACUUGACAUCCUAGAUCCCGCCCUCCUGCGACCCGGACGUAUCGACCGAAAGAUAGAGUUCCCCCCGCCAACUGUCGAGGCGCGUGCCGACAUUCUGCGCAUUCACUCUAGGAGCAUGAACUUGACGCGUGGCAUCAACCUGACAAAGGUCGCGGAGAAGAUGAAUGGAUGUUCAGGUGCUGAGCUGAAGGGUGUGUGCACCGAGGCUGGUAUGUACGCCCUCAGGGAGAGGAGAGUGCACGUCACACAGGAGGACUUUGAUCUGGCGACCGCUAAGGUGCUCAACAAGCACGACGACAAGGCGACCAGUUUGAGCAAGCUUUGGAAGUAGACCGUGUCUCAUGGUCUUGCUACUGCACUGGCCUGCAUUAUGCAUUGCUGGUGUUUACGUCGAGAUUAUGUACACCAAAC